AUGCGCGAGAUUAUCCACGUACAAGCAGGCCAAUGUGGUAACCAGAUUGGUCAAAAGUUUUGGGAAAACAUCAGCCAAGAGCAUGGCAUUGAUGAAUCGGGCAACUAUGCUGGUGACAAUGACCUUCAACUUGAGCGUAUCAAUGUGUAUUACAACGAGGGCUCUACUGGCAAAUACGUACCUCGCGCAGUGCUUGUUGAUCUUGAACCUGCCACCAUGGAUGCCAUUCGAUCCAGCACUUAUGGCAAGUUGUUCCGACCUGAUAAUUUCGUGAAUGCACAAUCGGGUGCAGGCAACUCGUGGGCCAAGGGUUACUAUACCGAGGGUGCUGAAUUGGUUGAAUCUGUUUUGGACAUUAUUCGCAAGGAGGCUGAACACACGGAUUGUCUCCAAGGUUUUCAACUUGCACACUCGUUAGGUGGUGGCACCGGUUCUGGUAUGGGUUCGCUUUUGCUAUCCAAGAUUCGUGAAGAAUACCCCGAUCGCAUGUUGUGCACCUACUCGGUCGUACCAUCCCCCAAGGUUUCUGAUACCGUUGUUGAGCCCUACAAUGCCGUCUUAACGGUGCAUCAGCUUGUGGAGAAUUGUGAUGCCACUUUUUGUAUCGAUAACGAAGCACUCUAUGAUAUCUGUUUCCGAACCCUCAAGCUUACCAACCCUGGUUAUGGCGAUCUUAAUCAACUCGUCUCAGCUGUCAUGUCGGGUGUCUCUACCAGCUUACGUUUCCCUGGUCAACUCAAUUCGGAUUUGAGAAAGCUGUUUGUCAACAUGGUUCCCUUUCCUCGUUUGCACUUUUUCAUGGUGGGCUUUGCGCCACUCACAGCCUUUGCAUCCCAGCAAUACCGCAACAUCAGUGUCCCUGAACUCACGGCACAAAUGUUUGAUGCACGCAACAUGAUGGCUGCUUCAGAUCCACGUCAUGGUCGUUAUCUCACAGUGGCUACUAUUUUCAGAGGACGUCUCUCGACCAAGGAAGUUGAAAACCAAAUGUUGGCUGUACAGCAAAAGAACUCGUCAUACUUUGUAGAAUGGAUUCCAAGCAGCGUAAAGACAUCCUUGUGUGACAUUCCACCUAUUGGACUCAAGAUGUCGGGUACUUUUAUCGGCAACAGCACAGCUAUCCAAGAGUUGUUCAAGCGUGUCAAUGAGCAAUUCACGGCCAUGUUUAGACGCAAGGCUUUCAUGCAUUGGUACACUGGUGAAGGCAUGGAUGAGAUGGAAUUCACUGAAGCUGAAUCCAACAUGAAUGACCUCGUGUCCGAAUAUCAACAAUACCAGGAAGCAACCAUUGAAGAAGAAGGCAUGGAGGAAGAUGAAGAUUACCUUGAGGAAGAUGAUGAUGUGCCAUUGGAUGAGUAA